AUGGCCGGUUCGGAAAAGCCCUCCGGAACCCCUGGGUUCCAACCCACGACUGGACCAAUCCGCAAGAGAAGACGAGGUAGUGAGCGUUGCCGUGUCACUCGAGCAUGUGACCGUUGCAAGAGGCGCAAAGUCAGAUGCAACGGAACACACCCUUGCGAGCAUUGUACUGAGGCUGCAACCCGCUGCACAUAUGAUGCAUCAUACACAAGGGGCCGGCCACCGUACCCAGUUGCAACCGGCCCAUCCACCACGGACAGCACUUGUACGGCGAACACACUUGGUCGAACAAAUACAUCACAUAUUGAUCAGCCGGUAAGCGCUGCCCGCGUGGAUAAGGGGGUUCCAACGACACUCGGUGCUGACGGCUUGUCCCAUGGGUCUCAGGAACAUCAAGGCCGUCACCUGAGCUCGAGUCUUGAUCCGGCAUCCAUCGAGAACCCUCCAAUUGCGCCAUCGCUGCGAGUUUCUCCAGAGCCUGGUCAGACAGACCUCCAAGGGCAUUAUGUUGGCCCAGCCUCGGGAGUGUCAUUCCUGCUUCGGGUCCAAAAGCGUUUCCACCAGGCAGUCUCAUUCUCCCAAGCCUCGUCCAUUUUCACCUUUGGGGACGCUCCAUUGCCAGAGUCUGACCCUGCCUUCUGCGUGUUGCUCUCACGCGAUGAAGCUCAGAGGCUACUAGACCGAUACUUUGACUUUGCCGUAGCAACCCAUAGAUUCCUCCAUCGGCCGACUUUGCAAUGCUGGCUGGAUGAGUUCUUUGCCACCAAGGGUAGCAUGAGCCACAAGGAAGACGCUCCAGUCCGAAAAGCUGCACUCUUCAUGGUUUUUGCCCAGGUUCGAGAGUAUAUGCCAGAGUCCAACCCGACAGCGUACACAUAUGAUCAUUCAAGCUCCUUCUUCGGGGCUCAGACUUCUGCAGCGGAGGAGCAAGAGAGGGCAACAUCCGAAAGUGCCCAGUUUUUCAAUGCGGCAGAGCAACAGCUGUCCAAGGAACGUGGGUCAGUCCGGCUGACCAGUGUUCAAGUCCGUCUUGCACAAUGUUUCUAUCUCCUAAUGCAGUCGCGGAUCAAUCAUUGCUGGAGUCUCUUUGGCACUACUGCCCACCUGGCUCUUGCCAUCGGCUUGAAUCGUAAUCGUCGAGCACAUCCUACAAGCGAACACAACCGCGUGGAGAUUGAGUGCCGUCGUCGAACAUUCUGGUGUGCAUAUUCUUUAGACAACUACCUCAGUGCAGUCCUCGGCAGACCUAGAACAUUGCACGACGAUGAUAUAGACCAGGAGCUCCCAUCUGUCAUCGAAGAUUCGGACCUGGUCGGAGAAAACAACCUGGCUCACCGUGCCAACAGGACACAAUCUCUAAUGAUGGCCUGCGUGGCUCAUGUGAAGAUUUCUCGGAUUGUCAGCAUGAUUCUUCGAGACCUCUACUCGAUACGUCCGCUCUCGGUUUCGACCCGGAUUACACUGACUGCUCAGCAUACCAAUUCGUUGAAACACUGGCGAGAUGAGCUGUCUCAUUUCCUAGAUGCUAAAGGCAUUAAUGCGUCUUUGCUCCUGCCCAUUUACCAACGCCAGAGAAACGUUUUGAAUCAUGCAUACUGGCAUGCCAUGAUUUUGACUAAUCGACCCUUUCUUCUGAGCAACUUUGCACGGUUACAGCAUUCUGGAACUUUGCCAACAGAAAAUUUACAUAAGGCGGAGAUAGAUACCUGUGUCCAAGACUGCCUCAAUGCCGCAUUGAAUAUGGUCGAGUCGUUCGACAAUUUGUUCCAGGCCGACCAGGUAUCUCGUGCCUUCUGGUUUACAAUCUAUUUCAGCUUUUCAGCAGUGGUAGUCCUUUACGUGUAUGUCAUUCAACAGAAGUCUUCACCUCCGGAUGUGUACCAAAAAUAUCUAGAGGCUGCAGACACUUGCCAGACCCAGAUCUUAAGCGUUGCAGCCAAAGGCUCGCUUACACAAAGAUACUGUCUCGUGCUGGAGGAGCUGAGAAGAGAGGCCUGGAGACAGACCACCGGUCUUGAAGUCCCUGUGGUCUUCGAUCCUCAGUCAAUGAGAGAACACUCACCUCCUGUAACGUCUCAACCACUACCAACUGUCGCCAUAGGUGGAGAGAUGGCAGAACCCGCUGUGCAAUAUCCGGACUUGGCAAUCCCAGGAGACUUUAUCAACUGGAACGCGAGCCCCAGCAGCUCGUUGGCAGAUAUCACGAGUUGGGGCCAGUUUGAUUCCAUGGUCACGUCUGGUUUCUCCGGGCUUGAAGCCUUGCUGGGAACUGAGUCUACAGGCCCGCUGUACCGAACAGCGCCAUGA